CUCCCAGCUGGAAAAAGGGGACGACCCAGGGGUCCCAGACCUCCAGGGCUCAGAAGAACAAGAGAUCCUGAGAGGUGGUAGGAUGGUGAGUGAGAAUGAGGAACAAGAUCCUCAGCAGAAGGAUGCUGAGCACGUGGAACUACAUGGGGUACUGCUGCGAAGAUCCAAACGGAAGGUGUCCAGAAAUCAUGAGCAGCAAAAAAGUUGUGAGAGUCAGCACAGGCCAGAGAGGCAGCAGACAAAGCAGCGAGAAGAGAAAGUGGGUAAAUCUAUUAAUAGUCAGGGAACUCACAAGGACCUCAAGGGAACCACAGCCCAGCACAGAAUCCUCACAGGAGAGAGAAAAAACACCUGCACUGAGUGUGGGAAAAUCUUCCGUAGACGUGCAGACCUUAUUAAUCAUGAGAGAAUCCACACAGGAGAGAGACCCUAUGAAUGUAGUCAGUGUGGGAAAACAUUCACUCAGAGUUCAGCCCUUACUAGGCAUCAGAGAAUCCAUACAGGGGACAGACCCUAUGAAUGCUGUGAAUGUGGGAAAAACUUCUCUGACAGAUCAACCCUUAUUCAGCACCAGAGAAUCCACACAGGGGAAAGACCCUAUAAAUGCAGUGAAUGUGGGAAAAGCUUCACUGACAGCUCAGCCCUGAUUCAACAUCAGAGAAUCCACACGGGGGAGAGACCCUAUAAAUGCUGUGAGUGUGGGAAAAGCUUCACUCAGCGCUCAACCCUUAUCACACAUCAGAGACUUCACACAGGAGAGAGACCUUAUGAAUGCUGCGAGUGCCAGAAAAACUUUAGUAAUUGCUCAGCGCUUAUUUAUCAUCAGCGAAUCCACACAGGAGAAAGACCCUAUGAGUGCUGUGAGUGUGGGAAAACCUUCACUGACAGCUCAACCCUUGUUACACACCAGAGAAUCCACACAGGAGAGAGACCCUAUGAAUGCCGCGAGUGUGGGAAAACCUUCACGGCCAGCUCUACCCUUGUUACACAUCAAAGAAUCCAUACUGGGGAGAGACCCUAUGAAUGCUGUGAGUGCGGGAAAAGCUUCACUCAGCGCUCAACCCUUAUUACGCAUCAGAGAAUCCACAUAGGCGAGAGACCCUACAUGUGCUAUGAGUGCGGGAAAAGUUUCACUGACACCUCAACCCUUAUUACACAUCAAAGAAUCCACAGCGGAGAGAGACCGUAUGAAUGCAGCGAUUGCAGGAAAAGCUUCACUCAGAGCUCAGCCCUGAUUACGCAUCAGAGAAUCCACAGUGGAGAGAGACCCUAUGAAUGCAGUGAGUGCGGGAAAAGCUUCACUCGGAGCUCAGCCCUUCUUUAUCAUCAGAGAAUCCACAAGAGAUAGCUCUAGACAAGGUUUUUAUGCUGUUCCUGACAAAAGAUUUUAGUAUCU